AUGAUGGUCGACGAUGGCGCGGUGACGAGCGACGGCCACGGCUCAGGCGGGAGCCGUGCGAGGGAGAGGAAGGGCGCAGAGGAGUCCGACCUUGAUUGCCCGGGCGUUACAUUAAGCCCCAAGGCCGUCGCCGCGGCUCCCUCCGCCCGCGUCCCGGCGCGCGCCGCCAGGAUCCGCUACCAGGCCAUCGCGGCGCCCUCCGCCCCCUUCCCCCUUGUCGCCACGGGCGAGCGCGACGUCUACAACUUCGCGGCGGGCCCGGCCAUGCUGCCCCUCUCCGUGCUGCAGAGGGCGCAGGCGGAGCUGGUCGAGUACCGCGGCUCCGGCAUGAGCAUCAUGGAGAUGAGCCACCGGGGCAAGGAGUUCGACGCGGCCAUCAAGAAGGCCGAGGCGGACCUGCAUGCGCUCCUCGCCGUGCCGGACACCCACGAGGUGCUCUUCCUCCAGGGCGGCGCCACCACGCAGUGCGUCGCCGCGCCGCUCAACCUCUGCGGCUCCACCUCGGACCCCGCCGACUUCGUCGUUUCCGGCUCCUGGAGCGACAAGGCCUUCAAGGAGGCCGGGAAGUACUCCGCCGCCUCCGUCGCCUGGUCCGGCAAGGCCACCAAGUACACCUCCCUGCCGGCGGACUUCGGGGCGCUCGCGCAGAACCCCGAGGCGCGCUUCCUCCACAUCUGCUCCAACGAGACCAUCCACGGCGUGGAGUUAAAGGACUACCCGGAGCCGAUGAACGAGUCGGGCGUCCUCGUCGCCGACAUGUCCUCCAACUUCUGCUCCAAGCCCGUCGACGUCUCCCGGUUCGGCCUCGUCUACGCCGCCGCGCAGAAGAACGUCCGGCGCUCGGAUACGAUGCAGCCAGGGGCACGAAUCGCAUCACGCAGCAGCAGCGUGUUAGAAUUAAUGGGCUAG